CAGCAGCCGGGGCCUCUCUCUUUACCUGCCAUUGUAUAAAGCGGAGAGGUCCGGGUUCGAACUCGUAAUAAAGCGACCCCGGCUAUUUGGCUUUGACUCUGGUCUCUGUUGGUCACUUACUGGGGUUUCGCGACUUUGGGCACAACAUUUGGGGGCUCGUCCGGGAUUCCCCUAAGCCCACCAGACCCCAGAUCAACGGGUCGUCGCUGUGAGCAGAUUCGGUAAGUCGGCCGGCUUGAGUCUCUGUGUUGUCUGUAGUCUCUGUGUCAUCUGGAAAAAUCCCGCGGGGUCUGUAUCGGUGGCCGGCAUAGUCUUGGCGGACACGCUAUAAGACAGCCACCAGGGGCCGGUGGGAGACGUCCCCCGGCACCCGUCUGGGGCUCUGUAUUUAUUAGCCCAUCUGGUUCUGAUCGGGAGCUAAACCCGAGAUGCGCUGGUGACUAUUGUUAUGUUAAUUACUUAACUUACUUUCAUUUUUCAGGACCUACUUGGCAAGGAAAAAAAAAAAAAGAGUACAAUACUUCUGGUUUUACUCUUUUCUCUAUCUCUCUUUUCUAUAUCUCUCUUUUCUCUAUCUCUAGGAUUCUACUACCAUGGGUAAUAGCCAGAGUACUCCACUCUCCAUUCUUAUAAAUAACUUUAAAGAUGUUAAGGCAAGGGGCCAUGACCUUAGCAUAGAACUCAGAAAAGGGAAAUUGGUAACUUUCUGCCGCUCGGAAUGGCCCACCUUCGGUGUAGGGUGGCCAGCUGAGGGGACCUUCUGUCUCCCCAUUAUCAUUAAGGUAAAAUCAAAAAUUUUCCUGCCGGGGCGGUCAGGACAUCCUGAUCAGAUCCCUUACAUCAUGGUGUGGCAAGACCUUGUGGAAAACCCACCCCUUUGGCUAACUCCUUUUGUGCUGACGCCAGAGCCAUGUAGGGCUCUGGUCGUACAGUCGACAGAACACCCCCGUAGGGCAAAAACACCGUCCGCUCCCCCAGCCCCUGUGUUAGAAGACGGUCAGGAUCCCCUGCUUUUAGAACCCCCGCCUUAUCAUGCCCCUCCUGGCCCUCAGCCCCCAGCCCCCCCAGGGGACCUCGAAGAGCGGGAAGCAGCAGCUGCUGCUGCAGCCGGGGCCGUCGAAAGUGAAAGUAACUCUGGUGGGCCGGUGGGGCGGACGCGCUCAACGGGAAAUAAGCUCGCGCCCCCCUGAUUCCACUGUGGCUCUCCCCCUGAGGGAAAUAGGACCCCCGAUGACACGGGCAACCCUAGACUCCAGUACUGGCCAUUCUCCACUAGUGACCUGUACAACUGGAAAACCCAGAAUGCUCGGUUUUCUGAUAACCCUAAAGAUUUAACAGCUCUUUUAGACAGUGUUAUGUUUACCCAUCAACCAACCUGGGAUGAUUGUCAACAACUCCUCAGAAUUUUGUUCACAACAGAGGAACGAGAAAGAAUACAGGUAGAGGCCAGAAAACUGGUUCCGGGAGAUGACGGCCAACCUACCGCCAACUCUGACCUCAUUAAUGCUGCCUUUCCCUUGACCAGACCUGCAUGGGACUACAACAUGGCAGAAGGUAUAUUCCAUGUUACAGGGAAAAACAGAAAGCCCAGCUACCUAUCUAGAAAGAUUGAUGGAAGCCUUUAGACAGUUUACCCCCAUGGACCCGGAGGCACCCUCUUAAGCACCUUAAGCCCUGAAAAACAGUGGUACACUGUCCUGGAUUUAAAAGAUACCUUUUUCAGCCUGCCUUUAGCCCCUAAGAGUCAGGAACUUUUUGCAUUCGAAUGGACAGAUCCCGAGAGGGGCAUAAAUGGCCAGCUAACGUGGACCAGGCUACCACAGGGAUUCAAAAACUCCCCAACUCUGUUCGACGAGGCCCUCCACGAAGAUCUGGGUGAGUACCGGCGACAGCACCCUGAGAUCACUCUUUUACAGUAUGUUGAUGAUCUUUUAAUAGCAGCUGAAUCCCCAGAGGCCUGCCUACAAGGAACCGAAAGCCUCCUAAAGGCUCUGGGAGAUCUAGGCUACCGAGCCUCGGCAAAGAAGGCUCAGAUCUGCAAAUCAGAGGUAACCUACCUAGGAUACCUGGUAAAAGGGGGGCAACGCUGGUUGACGGAUGCCCGAAAAGAGACUGUUCUACGUAUCCCUGGACCCCAAUCAACACGACAAGUAAGAGAGUUCUUGGGGUCGGCAGGGUUCUGUAGACUCUGGAUACCGGGCUUUGCUGAAUUGGCUAAACCACUAUACCAGGCAACAAAAGAGCAGCAGCCCUUUAAUUGGACAGAAGAGGCUGAGCUGGCUUUCCAACAAAUCAAAACUGCUCUGCUAUCAGCCCCUGCGUUGGGACUCCCUGAUGUCUCCAAGCCAUUCCACCUAUACAUGGAUGAAAGCCGGGGUGUAGCCAAAGCAGUAUUGACUCAGUAUUUAGGUCCUUGGCGGAGACCGGUUGCAUAUUUGUCGAAGAAACUGGACUCAGUGGCUGCUGGGUGGCCUCCUUGUCUCCGGGUAAUCGCGGCCACUGCCUUAAUGGUCAAAGACGCUGAUAAACUGACCAUGGGCCAAGAAUUGCAGGUCACUACCCCACAUGCCAUUGAAGGUGUACUCAGACAGCCACCUGAUCGGUGGCUUAGCAAUGCCCGGCUCACCCACUACCAGGGACUGCUACUAAACCCCCUCAGAAUAACUUUCAUGCCCCCAACGGCCCUAAACCCCGCGUCCCUACUGCCAAAUCCGGACUUGGAGAGCCCACUCCACAACUGCUCUGAGAUAUUGGCCCAGGUACACGGAGUCAGAGAAGACCUACAGGACCGGCCACUGCCAGACGCUGACCUCGUCUGGUUCACCGAUGGAAGCAGUUUCGUCCACCAAGGACAAAGGUACGCGGGAGCGGCGGUAACCUCAGAAACCGAAGUCAUUUGGGCAGAACCCUUGCCCCCAGGAACGUCGGCCCAAAAGGCUGAACUGGUGGCAUUGACUCAGGCCUUAAAAUUGGGGAAAGACCAAAAACUAACGGUAUAUGCUGACAGCCGAUAUGCCUUUGCCACCGCUCACAUACAUGGAGCAAUAUAUAGGGAAAGAGGGCUCCUCACGGCAGAAGGAAAACACAUUAAAAACAAAAAAGAAAUCCUGGCCUUAUUAGCUGCCCUCUGGGAACCCAGAAAAUUGGCGAUUGUCCACUGUCCAGGACACCAAAGAAUAACUGACAUGGUCUCCCGGGGAAAUAACCUGGCUGAUCAGACUGCUAAAAAUGUGGCUCAAACCCCUUCACAGCUCCUAGCCCUUCAGCUGCCUGACUCAGGGCCCCCAGAGCUACCCUCUAACCCGGAGUACUCAGAGAGCGACCUCCAGUGGAUAAGCGAGCUCCCUAUGGCUCAGAUCCACGACAAGUGGUGGAAAGACUAUAAAAACAACAUUAUUCUCACAGACAAAUUAGGACAACGGAUACUAGAACGAAUCCAUCAUAGUACCCAUUUAGGCUCAAGGCGAAUAUUGGACUUAAUAAGACACUCAAAACUGAAAAUCAGAGAUGCUUCUAAAAAAGUUGAACAAGUGACUAAAAAUUGUGUAUUAUGCCAACUCAAUAAUGCAGGAAACCAACCCCAAACCACUGGAAAAAGACAAAGAGGAAAUAGACCUGGGGCUUUAUUGGGAAAUUGACUUCACUGAAAUAAAACCAGGAAAAUAGGGAUACAAAUACCUACUAGUUUUUGUAGAUACUUUUUCAGGAUGGACAGAAGCCUUCCCAACCAAAAAGGAAACUGCCCAAGUCGUAGCCAAGAAAAUCCUAGAAAAAAUCUUGCCCAGGUAUGGCUUCCCAGCUAUGAUAGGGUCGGACAACGGGCCGGCCUUCAUCGCCAAGGUAAGUCAGGGUCUGGCUUCCAUUCUCGGGGUAAAUUGGAAAUUACAUUGUGCAUAUCGCCCCCAAAGCUCAGGACAGGUAGAAAGAAUGAACAGAACAUUAAAGGAGACCCUAACUAAAUUGAACAUGGAGACUGGCGCUAACUGGGUAGUCCUUCUCCCCUGCUCCCUGUUCAGGGCAAGAAACUCCCCUUACAGAUUAGGUCUCACCCCUUAUGAAAUAAUGUAUGGCAGACCUCCCGCUAUUGUCCCUAACCUAAAAGACAAUCUCAUCAAAUCUGCUGUCGAUGAUGGUGUUGAACUCUUAUUUUCCCUACAAGCCAUACAGAAAAUUCAUGAAGAAACCUGGCCUAGACUAAGAGAACUAUACAAAACAGGACCUCCACCCGUUCCACACCAGAUCCGGCCAGGAGACUGGGUUCUCGUCAAGCGACACCGACAAGAAACCUUAGAACCAAGGUGGAAAGGGCCGUUCCAGGUGAUCCUAACCACGCCAACAGCACUCAAGGUAGAAGGAAUCGCUGCCUGGAUCCACUACACCCACGCCAAGCCAGUGGACCUCCUCUCAGACUUCGUCGGGCCCUCCACAGAGAAAACCGCAGCCUGGACAAUUGACCGGACUAAAGACAAUCCUUUAAAAUUCACCCUGCGCCGUCAACAACCGUAAUUAUGGUGUCCAUCUCCUUUGUGACGCUCUUGCUUUUGCGGGCCUUCAGCUGGAAAAUCCAAGCACAGCAGGCUUCAUCCCCGUUUGCCUGGCGUUUUUUCCUGACAGAGAAUUGGACCAACUACGCUCAGACACAGGUACAAGGCCAUCUUCUGGCCACAGCUGAUUGCCCCCCUCAAGGUUGUAGCUCUCCUAUCUAUGUUAAUUUUACUGAUUUCCAGGCACAAGCGGGAAAAGUCACCCCAGCUAUUUGCUUUCUCUUUGACCAACAAAUCCCCUAUUGUAAAAACACAUGGGUUGAACAAAGCAUCGGUUGCCCCUAUAGCUCAUGUAAAAUCCACACUGUCAAGACUCUCACAGCCUCAGAAACCGUCUCCAGCCAAGUAUGGAAUUCCCAUAAUUUUUUUAAAACUGCCACAGGCUACACAUGGGUUAUCUGGGAUCCCUGGGACUCCUGUUGGACCUCCCAACAGAAGGGGGCCAUGUACAUGACAUCUGGGACAAAGUGGCCUAGCAGCCACCUCUAUCUAUGGCACUCACUUGUUCAGAUCCAAACCACCCUCCACGCUAACAUUCAGAAACAGGAAACAGAACUAAACAAACAACUCUCCACUUUAACCUCCUCCCGCCCUUUCUCCUGGUUAUCUCUGCUGAGGAAGGGGUUACUUCUCGCGAACGCCACUGGUCUGGGAAACCUCUCUGCAUGUUUCUUUUGCGCUACCCUAGGACAGCCACCCCUGAUGGCCGUCCUGCUCCCAGCCCCCUUCAAUAAUUCCCUAACAACUUCCAGCCAAGGAUCCUCCCCCAUCUCAGAUGUUCCUUUGUUCUUUUU